CUACAAUCAACUAUGGCAAACCACCCCUCCUCACGAACGACAAUGAAUACAUGACUACUACAGUACCAACCAGCUACACCCAAUAUCCAACCCGACCAUCCGAUCUCCGCGACAAUCAUCCCACCAACCAACCACCCCUCUAAUUCGUCUUCCCUCCGAUCAAUCAUACACAUAAUACACCGCAAUCAUGACGGUAUUCUCUCUCAUCAUCAUCAACAAAGCUGGCGGUCUUGUCUAUCAGCGCGAGUUCCAGCCCGGUUUGCGAAAGCUGUCGACGAAUGAUUAUUUGGUUCUUGCGGGGACGUUUCAUGGAGUCCACGCAAUCACCCGCAGCAUCACCCCCAAAAUCCCCCUCCCCACCAACCCCAACACCAUCCCCAGCAGUGGCCACCAGCAACAACCCUCCACCUCCUCAAUCCUCACAACCCACAAACCCAGCCCCUCAAUCUCGACAUCUACCCCCUCAACACCCACCGGCCCCUCAUCAACAACGUCAACAUCAACAACCCACGCCCUCCCCAUCCCCGGCACCCCCGUCACAGGCCUCGAAGUCCUCGAGUCCGACAAAUUCCGCCUCACCUGCUUCCAGACGCUCACAGGGACGAAGUUCCUGCUGUUCACGGACCCGCUCAUGACGAGUGUGGAGCCUGUCAUCAGGAAGAUCUAUGAGCUUUAUGCGGACUUUGUGAUGAAGAAUCCGUUUUAUCAGUUGGAGAUGCCGGUGAGGUGUGAGGCGUUUGAUAGGCAUCUUGGGGGGUGGUUGAGGGGGAGGGUUUAGCCUUUUCUCCUUGAUUGCGGGGAUUUCUUAUUCUUUGGUUGGACCUGUUCUUCUUUCUCUGUGCUUUCCUUUUUGGCCGGGGUGGGAUGGGUGAUUGUUUAU